AUGAAAGUAUUUGUGAUAGACCUUGAGAGUGGUAACCUCCAGUCCCUUAUUAAUGCUAUCAAGAAAUGUGGAGAUUAUGAGGUCAAACUUAUUGGCAACGCUGAAGAGUUUGCGCAAUACCAGUCCCAAAUACAGAAGUUGAUCUUUCCUGGAGUGGGAAACUUUGCUCACUUUGUGAAGCAGCUUCACGAUAGAAACCUCCACGGACCAAUUACCAAGUUUAUUGAGGAAGGAGGAUCAUUGAUGGGUGUAUGUGUCGGGUUGCAAACAUUUUUUGAAGACAGCGAAGAAAGCACGGAUCCAAAAUAUAAAGGUUUGGGAUAUAUCAAUCUCAGUCUAAAGAAAUUCAACUCCCAAGAUCCUAUUUUUAUAGAGAAGAACUUACGGAAAUCCGUCCCCCUGAUUGGUUGGAAUAGCAUUGACUCUAUUGUUGUUGAUGGCAAGAAGAUUCCAGAAGAUGAGUCUUUCUUUGGAAUUAAUACUAGAAACAAGUACUACUUUGUCCAUUCUUACGCCGGUAUCAUUAGAGAUGAAAAAAAUGCAAAGUUGAUAGAACAGAAGGAAAAAGAAGGAUGGAGUUUUGCCUUCACCACUUAUGGAUCUGAAAAGUUCAUAGCUGCUUUGUCCUACAAGAACUUUUUUGCAACUCAAUUCCACCCAGAAAAGUCAGGUAUUGCUGGGGUUAAGGUACUUAAGUCAUUUUUAGAGUCAGAAAGAUUCCAAAAAGUCCACUCUAAAGAUUUCCAGCUGGAUGUAGAAGUAGAAAAGUCCUUAAGUGGAUUGACAAGAAGAAUCAUUGCAUGCUUAGACGUCAGAGCCAAUGAUCAAGGUGAUUUGGUAGUUACAAAAGGAGACCAGUACAACGUGAGAGACACCAGUUCUUCGGGUUCAAAUGAGGUGAGGAACUUGGGAAAGCCAGUAGAGUUGGCAACGAGGUACUACAAUCAAGGUGCUGACGAAGUUACAUUUUUGAACAUCACCUCUUUCCGUGAAUCUCCUUUGAAGGACUUACCGAUGUUGGAGGUUUUGAGAAGAGCAGCGGAAAACAUUUUUGUACCUUUGACAGUUGGAGGAGGUAUAAAGGACAUGGUUGAUCCAGAAACUGGAAGAACGGUUCCUGCUGUCGAAGUGGCUCAUUUAUAUUUUAGAUCUGGGGCGGAUAAAGUUAGUAUCGGGUCGGAUGCCGUGACAAUAGCUGAGAACUAUUACAAGAAUGACAAGCGAAAGUCGGGAAACACCUCAAUCGAAACCAUUAGUCAAACUUUUGGAAACCAGGCAGUGGUGAUCUCAGUAGAUCCAAAGAGGAAGUAUGUGGCCUCACCUAAAGACACCAGCAUGGAGACGAUUUUGAUCGAGGAACCUUCAAAGUAUGGCCCCAAUGGUGAGAAGUAUUGCUACUAUCAAGUGACAUCUCAAGGUGGAAGAAAGACUCACGAGUUGGGAGCUUUGGAAUUAUGUCUUGCUUGCGAAGAUCUCGGAGCAGGAGAGAUUUUGCUUAACUCUAUUGACCACGAUGGGCUGAACAAGGGAUAUAAUCUCGAGCUUUUACAGCAAGUAAAGUCUCGGGUUUCGAUUCCAGUAAUCGCCAGUUCAGGAGCAGGAAAACCCGAACAUUUUAAGGAAGUAUUUGACAUGGAGUGUGGCAUAGAUGCCGCAUUGGGAGCAGGAUUGUUUCACAGAGAAGAAUAUAAAGUCAACGAUAUCAAAAGAUACUUGUUAAAAGAAGGAUCGAUGGAUGUUAGACUUGAUGAUGAAGUAGAGUUAUAA